AUGCAGUCGCAACCCGAUGCACAGUUUAGGUUUAUACUUAACUAUCAGGAUCAUCUGACAAAAUUCGUUCUGCUUCGCCCCUUGCAAACCAAGCGUGCAGAAGAAGUUGCAAGCCAUGUAUUAGAUAUUUUUUUAACCUUUGGUGCUCCGAUUUUUCUGCAUUCAGAAAAUGGAAGAGAAUUCGUUAACAAUGUAAUUACAGAGUUCACAGCGCUAUGUCCAAAGUUAAAAAUCGUGCUUGGAAAGCCUAGACAUUCACAAAGCCGAGGCUCCAUAGAGCGUGCUAACCAAGACGUGGAGCGAAUUCUCGCUUCCUGGAUAACAGAUAAUAAAUCAACUAAUUGGUCUAUCGGAUUAAAGUUCUUCCAAUUUAUAGGAUAUAAAUUAUAUAGAGCACACCACGCCGGGAUAAAUAUGACGCCUUAUAAAGCAAUGUUUGGGGUUAAUCCAAGAGUGGGGCUUGUAACCUCUAACCUGCCCAAUGAAUUGAUUGCUACUAUAAACUUCGAGGAUGAACUUGAAAAUCUCAUAAGUACUGUAAUUACAAGUGAAAAUAUGAUUGGACAGAAAGCUGCAGAUACCAUAGAUGCAAUUAGAAAAAAAGCUCAUGCCAAUUUGGAAAAACAAGCAACUCAAAUGAUGACUCGAUCCGAAAACAAAUUUCCUGCGGUUGAAGUUGGUGUCAACGUUGACACGGCCUCAAGUCGUUAA